AUGCUCUCGAGUGGUUUGCAAUCGAAUUUUAAUGUUAUUGAACCUUUGCCUCGUUUUUUUACUAUUCGAUUUGGUCGUCGAAAGGAAAUAGAUGAUGGCUGUAAUGAUGAUGAUGAUCAUCUUAGUGGCAAUAAUCUUGAACAGAAGUUUAAUGAGAUCAGUCGACCAUCAGUAAUAUCAACGAAUGAAGAUAAUAAUUCAUCAAUUAUGAUAACUGGUAUUCGAAAUCGUGAUUGGAGUUUUAAUGAUGAUCUUAGACAUAUUAAGGAUAAAAAUAUAUCUAAUAUCAAAUAUCAAUUAGUACCAUCAAUAAAUAAUACAAUUAAAAAUCGCUCAACAAAUUUUAUUAUUGAUAAUAAUGAAAAUCAAUACGAAGAAUAUGAUCUUGAUGAACAAGAUUUUCAAUGGCUUAUAGCAUACAAUCAAUUUCGUAUUGAAAAAAAGUUGCCUGAACUUGAUGAAAAUAUAUUUGAAUAUAUUAUGCAAUUACUUGAACAUCAAUGCUUAUUGGCUAUUCGACAGAAAAACUAUGAAGAUACAAUUGAAUGUGAUGCCUGUCAUCGUAUUGAUGAUGUUGAUGAUCUUAUUCAAUGUGGCCAAUGUAAAAUAAUUGUUCAUAAGAAAUGUUAUGGACUUGAUGAUGAUGAAAAUGAAUGGCUGUGUCUUUCAUGUCAAUGUGCUAAUGAUCAACAUCUAUGUUGUUUAUGUGAUAAAAGUGGAGGAGCAUUAAAAACUUUAAAAACACCUUCAGAUGAACAACAAUGGGUUCAUCUUUCAUGUGCAUUCUGGCUUCCUAUAGUUAAAUUUGAUGAAAAAAUGACACCAAUUUUAAAUGAUACACUCAAAUAUGAUGGACGUUGUUUAAUAUGUAAUAAAACGACUGGUGUGAAAAUAAAUUGUUGUUGGAAAAAUUGUCAAAAUCGAUUUCAUUCAUUAUGUGCAAUAGAUGCUGGCCAAGAUAUGCUUAUAGCUGAAAGUGAUGAUAAAGUUAUAGUUCGAUUGAUUGCACUUUGUCAUCGACAUACAGAAAAACUUGAUUUAUCAGAAAAACGAGCACGAAGAAAUAAAUUUCUAGAAAAUGAACAAAAACGAUUUGAACAAUUUACAUCGUAUAUCGAUUUAGAAAGUAUUAAAAAACAAACAUUAAUUCUUCCAGAUAUUCUUGAAAGUAUUCAUACAUAUUGGGUUCUUAAACGACAGGCAAAUAAUAGUCGACCAUUAAUUGAUAUACCAAAUGAUAUUUUCUAUUAUGGAUAUGAUAAAAAUGUUAAUUUAGUAGAAUUUUCUCGUCAAUAUCAUCUCAAUCAUCAAGAACAAACUACAAAUUUUCAUGAAGAUAAAUCAAAUGUAUUACAAUUUCUAACAACAAAUGUAGUGAUGUCGCCUUCAUCAAAUAAUAAUCUAUUUAUUAAAUUUGCUCAACGUAAUCGAACACAUUUUAUCAAUUAUGAACGAAAUCUGUUUUGUUUAUUAGAUGGUGAUAAAAAGAAACGAGAAAGUUUUUUAGAAAGUCUAUCAUCAAUUAAAGAAAGUUAG